AGCGGUUUAUCCAUCUGUAAGCAACAUCCUGAAAUGCAAAGCGCAUGACUUCGAUGGAAGCGGGAAGUCUGCUCAGGUGUCCAUUCCUUACUCGCAAUCUCUGUCCAUCCACCCCAAAUUCUUCCUCACCGUUCCCUUCUCUUCCUCCUACUUUCUCGCUCCGCUUCCGGGUUUCAUCUUCCACUUCUUCUUCCUCCAAUUCUCCAAUCGCCAAUUCCAAACAUAAUUACAGAGUUCCCAAGCCCAAACGAGACUGGGUCGCCGAUUGGGUCUCCCAGAACGACGAUACCGUUCGUACCUUGCCCAUCUACGUUGGCGGCGCCUCCCUCUUGGUCGUUUUCUUUAAUCGUGCCCUUUAUGGCAUCGCUCCUGUUGCUGAUGCUAGCAGUUCGCAAUCUAGAGCGGAUCUCUUGACUGUAGCAUUGGCUGUCACCAAUAUCUUAACUGGUCUGGUGUGGCUGUCUAUAAGACCCAAAUCUAUAACUACGGUAAAUCCGCAAGGAGUUGAAUGUAAGAGGGUGUGUACUCGUCUCCCUGAUUAUGCAGUUAGUGAGUUGCUCUGGGUGUGGGAAUCUCUGUCAGGUGUCACACGCUGCAGGUCACUUGUUAUCGUUUAUGAGAACAUUUGUGUGCUUCAAAUUGGUUGCGCAGCAGAAGCUUCUUCAAGGAAUGGGGAGGCCGUUAAUGUAGAUGCCAAUAAAUUGAUGCAAGGAACUCUAUAUCAGGGUGUUAUAAAAUCUGGAGCUCAGAGUUACUUGGCCAACCUAUCUCUUUAUCCUGGGAAAUCUGAGCUGCCAUUUUUGCCUUCAAACACUCAGGCAGUAAUUUUGCAACCACUUGGAGAUAAAGGAAUUGCAAUUAUUGGUGGUGACACAAUACGAGGUUUCACUACUUCUGACCAGGCUUGGAUUACUCUUAUUGGAGAAAAGCUGGAUUCUACCCUUGCAAAACAUGUCUGUCAAAUGAUAGAAACCCUCAAGACGUGCAGAAAAGACCUUUGA